AUGGAUUUUAUCGAUGCUUAUUUGUUUUCGUCGCCGGCCUCGGUGUUCGUGGCUGUGGUGACACUCGCAUUUCUGGCCAACCAGGCUUGGCGUCUAUCUCGACAAAAACAAACUGAUAAGCUCAGCUAUGCUUCUACCGCAAAUAGCUACCAGACUUCAGACCUUUCCGUUUCUAAAGAGCCGGAGGUUCCUAAAGGAUGGUGGUCUAGUCGAGAUGUCUUCGAAAUUGAGCGGCGCGCUCUAUUCAGCCAAACCUGGGUAUACCUCGCCCACGUCACUCAAUUCUCCAAAGCAGGCGCCUACCAGUCCUUUGAUCUCGCUGGGUUCCCGAUCUUCUUGAUCCGCGGAAAGGACAGCAAGAUCCGCGCGUUCCACAAUGUGUGCCGUCACCGCGCGUACACCAUUGCCAGAAAAGAGACUGGGAGCUCUACUGUUCUCGGCUGCCGCUAUCAUGGCUGGAGUUAUGAUACUACAGGCCGAUUGGUGAAAGCCCCUCAAUUUGAUGACAUUCCUGGAUUCAAUAGAUCUGAAAAUAGUCUCUUUGAGAUACACACGCAUUCUACUGACCAUGGAUUUGUGUUUGUCAACCUUAAUGCUGCAGAGCCGGUUGCGUUUGACAACUCUACUCAUCUGGCUUUGGAGGACUUUGCUCGUACUGCUGGAGCUGGAUCCAAGUCGCAAUUGGUAGCUGGACAGACACUGACCGGCGAGUUUAACUGGAAAUACGGAGCAAGCGGAAGUCAAUUUACUGCUAUCCUGGAACAACUAGAGCAGCGCGUUUCGGAGGCCAUGCCACCCUCUCUAACAACCAAGCUCAUAAGAACGAUAACUCAGAAAAACACCCAAGCAGAAUGCUCCAUAUUCCCAAGUUCUUUUUUCUACUCAUUCGAGAGCUCCGACCUUUGGCUCUCAUUGACCUUGCUCCCUUCAUCUGAAACAACCACGCAAGUCCGCUAUGACCUCUUCGACUCUUUAUCCAAGGCCAACAACAUUGGAAAUAGCGUUGCUAAUGUCGUGGAAGGCGUAAUCAAAGACCUGGUGAAAACUAUUGAGAUUGGAUAUCAGUCAAUGCACAAUCAACCAGUCGAAAAUUCUCCGACUGCUCAUCGGAUCCUGCAGGCAAUUCAGGAACACUCGAAGUUGGAGAAGAUGCGCGGUGGUCUGAUUCUUCCUGCUAUGCACCAGCCGAAGGGGAGCUCGCUUUUCCAGCAGGCUGAGCAGCUGUGCAAGGAGAUUGAUUGCUCGGGUCCGGGAUCGAAUGGUUCUGCCUCUGGUGGACUAGAUUGGUAA